AUGGUACUCAUAGCAUCUCUAAGUCUUUUUAAUUUGGGGUAUGCGAGCGUGAUUGGCCUAAGUGAGCGACAACUAGCCAUGACUGCUCUAUCAGUGAGCAUAUCCAGGACACGAUCGAGUGCAUCAUUUGUGAAGAAGAUAUCAAAAGCAAGAGGCAUCAAACCAAGGGAGUACAUAGCCAUUCAAGACUGCAUAGAAAACAUGGGUGACAGUUUGGACAGUCUUAGCCAAUCGGUUAGGGAGUUAGGCAGUAUUGGUCAUGCUGUUGGAGAGGAUUUCGUUUGGCACAUGAGCAACGUGCAAACUUGGGUCAGUGCUGCCCUUACUGAUGAUAACACUUGUCUUGAUGGCUUUUCUGGUCCUUCCAUGAAGGGAAAUGUCAAGGCUGCCAUCAAGAAUAGAGUUGUCAAUGUUACUCAAAUUACAAGCAACGCACUCGCUUUGGUCAAUCGCUUUGCCUCGAUUCAUCGAACUGUUGAAACUCCUUAAAUUGGUCAGUUGUAUUGUCAACCGCUUUGUUCAACUGUACUAUUGUCAAUGUUUUCCCUUAACUGAUGAAAAGUCUCUCUUCUACCAA